AUGAAAAGAAUCAUUUGCUCCACACUUUUAUUGGUCAUUCUUUUGACCACUACUUAUAUUCAUUGUGCUAUCCAACUGUCUGGUGGCUCAACUGCAAGUGAGAAUGAAAUUCCAGGUGUUGUCUCCAUUCAAUAUCAAACAGAUUCAAAUUCAGUUCCUUCACACUUCUGUGGAGGUUCAAUUAUCAAUUCAAGAUGGUUCUUGACAGCUGCUCAUUGUGUUAAAGGAAUUGACCUUUCCAAAUUAAUAAUUUUUGCUGGCACAUCAAAUAAUAAUUGUUACAAAGACACAACUGGAAGAUGCAUUGUGAGAACUGUUUCACAAGUUGUUGCUCAUCCAAAUUUCAGUGUUUACACCAUUGAAAAUGAUAUUGCUUUGGUUCAAGUUUCUCAAGAUUUUCCAAUCACCACACAAGCAACCAAAGUUAAGAGAUUUGCAUUGGAAGGAAAUACUGUCGCCAAUCAAUCACCAUUGACAGUUGCUGGAUGGGGAGCUACUUCUUCAACAACAUCCAAUACUAAUACGCUUCAAAAAGCUCAAUUGACUCUCCAAAGUGCUUCAACUUGCACUCAGAAACAACUUUCAAUUUCAGCACCAACUCAAAUGUGUGUCAGUGGACCCAAUUCUCAAAAUAUUGAUUUGUGUUCUGGAGAUGGUGGUAGUCCAGUGUUUUAUACUCCUUCAGGAGCAACCACUCCAGUCUUGGUUGGUAUUAUAAGUCAUGGCAGCUCAACAUGUGGAAAUGGUGCAAAUGUUGGUGUUUCUAUGAAUGUUACAAGUUAUACUUCAUGGAUUAAGGGAUAUACGACUGAUAUUGAGAUGAAUGGCGGCGGCGGAAGUGUGGUAACACCUCCAACUCCUGCACCAUCCAAUACUAAUAAUGUAGAUAGUUGUACUUGUUAA